CAAAACUAUUUCCUAUCCAAGCACACAACAUGUGCUGGAAUUUAAUUAGUAAAUACAGUGAAGAAAUUUUGAAUUGUCAUUUCUACUUUUAACUGAAAGGAUUUCACAGACAUCCUGCCACAUCUCUAAAAGUUUUAAAAUGCAUGGUGAGCAACCCUCUGCCUAAACGGAGAUGAACCAUUUAAGCACUGCUCAAGAAGAUGAAUGCAGCAGCUCCAACAGCAAUGAUGACCAGUCGAAAGAGACGCAACUGGACAACACUGAUCUAGAUGCAGAGAGUCAAGACUUCCUCCCUGAGCAUCACACGAGCAAGAAGAAGAAUGAGACUGAAUAUCAUCAGGGCAAGACCUCCUUUGGCAUGUCCGUCUUCAACCUGAGCAACAUCAUCAUGGGCAGCGGCAUCCUGGGUCUGUCCUUUGCCAUGGCCAACACUGGAAUUGCCCUAUUUAUGAUUCUCCUUGUGACCGUCGCCUUGUUCUCCUUGUAUUCUGUACACUUGCUGUUGAAGACGGCCAAUGAAGGAGGUACACUAGUCUAUGAACAACUGGGUUACAAAGCCUUCGGGUUACCGGGGAAACUUGCAGCCACCUGCUCCAUUGCCAUGCAAAACACUGGAGCAAUAUCAUGCUACCUCUUCAUCAUCAAAUACGAGCUGCCCAUAGUUAUUCAAACUUUUACAGGAAGCAACAAUGGAGAAUGGUACAUUAAUGGAGACUACCUGGUACUGAUUGUGACGCUUUCUGUUGUCCUGCCCCUCUCGCUGCUCAGAAACCUGGGUUACCUUGGUUACACCAGUGGUCUGUCCCUCCUCUGCAUGGUGUUCUUUCUGAUUGUGGUGAUCAUUAAGAAGUACCAGAUCCCGUGCCCUCUGUAUAUUGAUGACGACAGUCUGAACAUAACCGCUACUGUCAACUCCACUGCCGUGAACUCAACUGCCAUAGACUCUUGCAAGCCAAAAUACUUUGUCUGGAACUCGAAGACUGUCUAUGCUGUUCCCAUUUUGACCUUUGCCUUUGUGUGCCACCCCGCCAUCCUGCCAAUGUACGAGGAGCUCAAAGACCGUUCCCAUAAAAAGAUGCAGAACGUUGCCAACGUGUCCAUCCUGGCCAUGUUCAUCAUGUACCUGCUGACCGCCCUCUUCGGAUACCUGACCUUCAACGAUAAAGUAGGACCUGAGCUGCUGUACACCUACGCCAACAUUUAUAAGUUUGAUGUUCUCCUGCUGAUUGUCCGUCUGGCUGUGCUGACCGCCGUCACCCUCACCGUCCCUGUGGUGCUCUUCCCUCUUCGUACUUCCAUCAACCACCUCCUGUUUGCCUCUAAGGAGUUCAGCUGGCUCCGCCACAUCAUCAUCACCGUGGUCCUGCUGGGUGGCACCAACCUGCUGGUCAUCUUUGUACCAAACAUAAGAGACAUCUUUGGCCUCAUCGGUGCCACUGCUGCUGCCAUGCUCAUCUUCAUCCUGCCCUCGGCUUUCUACAUCAAACUGGUCAAGAAGGAGUCCAUGAAGUCUGUGCAAAAGAUUGGGGCCACGCUCUUCCUGAUGUGUGGAAUCUUGGUCAUGUUUGGCUGCAUGAUCCUCAUCAUCAUGGACUGGAUCCACAAUGCUUCACAGAGUCCGGUCGAGGAGGCCAACGGACACUAAAGUUACAGCUCUCCGGCUUUGUCCCAUGAUCCACAAACUCUCUACCUAUUGUGACACAAUGUCUGUUUAUGGAUUUUAUAUUUUACUACGCGUGUGUAAUAUUGUGUGUGUGUUUAUAUAUAUACAUAUUUUUUUAUUAAUAAAUGCUGUCAAAGUUCAUGCAUUAAUAUGUUAACACAAGUUCCUCUUAACUGCACUACCUUAGUGGUGCAAUUAACCCACUCGUGUUCCUUAUGGCCCUUGGCCAGGCCCCUAGUUAGGGGAAUCAAGAAGUGACUGAUAUAGCAAAAAGCAGUGUCAUUACAUGAGUGUUAUAAUACAGAUUCCCCAAACUCUGAGCAUAGUUGUUUGUAUUUUAAGUGUUGGACUGGAUCAGGCGUGGUCUGUGGUUUUGUGGUUAAGGAGGCAACUUUAGGACCAUUGACCGUGCAUUAUGUCCACGACUGAGUUGUCUUGAACAAGCACCCAAAAAAACCCUGACUGCACGUUUAAUUUCCCAAGAGUUCAACAGAAUGUUAAAGCAUGACUGCAGUUUUGAAAACGCUUUUCUCUUGACAACGCUGUCCCCUAGAGUUCUUCAAAGGACACACCACAAAUUACGCUGCAAAUCACCUUCUGUAAUUCUCGUAACACAAAGGUCCUCUGAUAAAACUAAUCCAGGCCGAAUCUGUGAUUUAGGGUUGAGUUUUUACUUUUUUGCGACUUGUUUGAUUUGCAGGGGUUUUUUUUUCUGCCUCUAGUCAUUUAAGACGUAUGAAGAUGUGCUGUAAUUCAAAGUUUGGACAGAUGUUAUGAACACAAAGUGGAGAUGUCACCUGUUAAAUGAAACCAUUAAACCAACCAUUAAUGUGUUCAUUGGUAAAGGUGGGUCUGAUUUAAUUACCGCCAAGUCUUUGGUAAUUUCUUAUGCAGAAUAAAUAGUAUCAAAAAUAUAUUAUCCAUUAUAAUUUGCAAAGUAAUUAAAACUGUCUCUGGCACGCAGUGGAGUGAGGCAGAAAGUAGCAGAGCCUUAACAAUGGAACGUAAAUUAGAGUAAAACCAAUUUGCCCACAUGAAACAGACGUAGGAGGUAAUAUUUGAAUCACAGGACGUCCUCAGGUAAAACUAAUCCUGUGCAAAUAGGGCUUUAAACACUUCAACGCAUAUGUGCAGACCAAAAAGAGCUACUGGGACCAUGAUUUAAGAAAAGGGUCUUGCAUUCAAAGCAUUGUAUUAUUAAACUUCGGAGCAGCUGUUGACAAGUCUUUGAAGCGCUCUAUAUGGCUUUCAUAUGACGUGAUUUUCAUAAUCAUAUCUAGUUUCCCCAGAGGAUUUAAAUGUUAAUUUAAAUGUUGAGGCAAUAACUAUUUUGUUUGGACACUGCACUUGCAGAAAAUAAUCACGUUUACACAGCCAUGGCAAACCUGCUAGAUUUCACAAGAUCAAAUCCUUGAUGAGGUAUCAAAUCAGGAUUGAGAACUGCAUUUAGUUUUGAAGGGAAGGACAAAUUGACAAAUGACUUUAUUAGAAAUUUAUACACUUUUCUUGCAGUUAAGAUGUCUCGGGUCAGUUUUUAUUAGAUCAUAAAGCUGCACUUGACACGUGAGGUCUGAUUGGAACAUAUCAACUGAAAACACAUUUAUGUGCAGGUUCUUAAACAAUCACUGCAGCAGGUUGCCAUCCAAACGCAGUGCCCAUUUGAUCUGAAUUUAAUUAAACCAGCAAAAGCAAAUGUCCACUUAAUGCAAAUAUGAAAGAUGCAAAUAAAAACAGAAUGUUUACGCCCCCUUGUGGCUGAUAGCCGUGUGUUGGGAUGGAAAUAAAAGCUCAGUCCUUCAUGCAUCGCCUCAGACACAAAGCACACUGGGAAGCAGCUAAUUUAUUUGACUAGUCUCUGGAUACUUCUCACAGUUCAUUUUCACGCAUCAACAUUUAUUACACAUUCAGCCGAGGGGGUGGGCUCAGUUUCAACCUAACCAAUGACCCCCAAGAGCUGCGCCUUACAUUAUACACUCUGCCGAUUGGUCAUCCCGCUGUGGGUCCAAUCAGGGUCCUGAUUACAAUCACUCUCAUCAGGUCACAGCCCGUCACUGGGCCAGACACAUUAAUAAAGGCAACGCACUGGGUUGUUUUUUCUUUGUUUUUUUUUUUUCUUUACUAGGCUUUCAUCUGAAAUGUUUAGAAUAACAUUGACAAUAUUCAAUUAAUAAGCUAUGAGAUGCCUUAGAAGAGAAAUUCAUUGUACCAGCUGGCACCCAGGGAGAGGCUGCUCACUACAUGAGCUCAGCGAGUGUUGCAGCCUCAGCAUCAACCGUCCUCGCCUCCUCACGCUACACCAUGCACUCCUUACAGUAGUUCCCAAGUCACAUGAUCUAUGCAAAAUAAAGGGCUCUUGCGUUACAAUUUCUGAUUGGAUCAUUCUUUUCUAACAAAAUAUGAAAAUCUAUAGAAAAAAAUCUUCAUCAUUCAAUAAAAGGUAGAUAUAUAUAUAUAUAUAUAUAUAUAUA